UCUUGAGAUUUCUGUGCAUAAAAAAAAUUGUUGGUUCGAAUCGUUCUGAAUUCUUCGCGGAAGACCUUAGCUGAAAUACAACAUAUUAAAUAUCGUUAUGGCGCUGCAUGUUUGGCUUUCAAUAAUGGCCGUUAUUUACAGUUAUCUCCUGCGUGAUUUUGCCUCGGCGGAAACAGGCGAUUUCUAUGUUCUGGGGAGUGAUGGUAUUUACGUGAUAGAUCCAGUGGCGAAAAGUGUUGUUGCUAAAAUAACCAACGCAGCAGCACCAGGGUUGUGUAGCAAGAAGCAACACAGAGAGAGUUGCAAGUUCAGUCAAGUUUGCGUGUUCAACGGCACAGUUUUCAUCGCAGACUAUGAUGCAGAUGCUGUGCACGUGAUUGAUGUCAGAACACACAAGAAAAUUGAAACUAUCCCGACAGGCAAGUUCCCAUUGCGCUUGUACUGUUUGCCAUGGCGCAAGGAAGUCUGGGUACAAUUAUAUGAUUAUAGAAGUACUUACUCCUUUGAUGUCUUUGAGACUGAUGGUCGCACCAGGACCCGUGUUUCACGAGCUCAGCCCCAAUCAGACGCACCUGGGAAUACAAUGCUUUCUGAGAAAGACAUGCUGGAAGGAAAAACGGCCUUCGUCACAGAUAAUGCUUAUCCUGGCAUCCACGAACUAAAUUUGGAAACGAAAAAUUACACAAGAUUUCGCAAUUUCUCAAGGUAUGGCUGCACUGGAACACACGGUAUUGCCUAUAACUCUUACAACAAACACUUGUAUGUGGGUUGUGUGAAAAAAGAAUAUCAAAAUGCAUCGAUACUCGAAGUAGACACAGUCAGCGACACCACAAAAAAAUGGAGUUUUCAUGGCUAUCCGUUUGUUUCACCAGAUGGUCGCUAUGUUGUAUUCCUUAAUCGCACGAGUAACGCAAGUAGAAUAAAUAUUUUAGCUGUGAACAGGACAGGAUUUAACGCGAGUCAUUACCCGAUACUCACUUUCCCUGGUCGUGCAUCCAACCCCGUUUUUUACCCCAAGGUCAAAACCUCAGUUAGCUACUACAUGUUCCUUACUCUUGAUUACGCAGACAAGAUGGCGGUCGUUGACAUGGACUUGCCGAAAAAUGAACAAAUCUUCGUUGUGAAAUAUAUCGAAAACGUGGUCUACCACGGCUCAUUAUUACCAUGGGUAUGGAGGGACUUGUUUAUUGCUGGUGAAUGGAUCAUUUCCCCGGCAACCCAAAACAAGACGGUGAUGAUUAUUAAUGCUGAGACUCAAAAGAUUCAUGCGAAGAUUAGCGGGGUGAACGGAGGACAUUUUGCAGUUUGGGUUUCAAGACCGACCACGGGUGGGACUGCUAAACCCACCCCGGGUGAGAGCCCCGGACCCACCACUACGGGAUCUUCUCAGAACGCAACUAGUGGGACUCGUGGUACAGGUAACCCGAGUCGCUUGGUUUUGCUUGUCAUUUUGUAUGUUUUAUGUGAAACGGCUUUAAAAUUUUCUGCCGAAGAGGUGUAAAUUAAAUGCAAAGGUUUGUUUAUGUAAUGAACUCACGUAAACCUUUCUUUAAC